GAUCUUCAUAUUCAAGAUAUUAUUGGCACAUUGAUAACAGGAGCUUCAUUAGUAAUGCCACAUCUUGGAGGAACCAUCAACUUUGACUAUCUAAUUGACGUUGUCAAGUCGAAGAAUGUUACAUACUUCACAACUGUGCCAACUAUUCUUCAACAUUUGUUUAGUUUUUUGCAAAAAUCUAAUCAGCUUACAGCUGUCAAAAGUCUACGAUCCCUUUGCAGCGGUGGUGAAAUAUGUUCUGUCAAUCUCGUACACUUAAUUGUAAGUUCAGUCUCGCAUUCCUGUAGAGUAUGGAACUUAUAUGGUCCAGCAGAAGCCACUGUAGUUUCUACCUUUCAUAGAAUACAUGUUACAACUGAUGUACGUAACGUCUCCAUCGGUAGACCGCUUUCUAAUUAUCGAUGCAUUAUUAUAAAUCAAUACUUACAAUCAUCUACCACAGCUCAAGAAGGAGAAUUGUUUAUAGGAGGAGUCGGUGUCUUUGCUGGUUAUCUUAGACGUGAUGAUUUAACUGCAAAAGCCCUUGUUGAAAUAGAUGGUCAACUAUUUUAUCGAACAGGUGAUCAUGUUACAAUGGAUAACCAUGGUCUUCUUUAUUAUCAAGGAAGAAAAGAUCAUCAAAUCAAACUUCAUGGACAAAGAAUUGAACUUGGGGAAAUUGAACGAUGUUUACUUAGCAUUACAUCUAUUUCUGCCUGUGUUGUUGUGAAAUGGAAUAAUGAUUAUUUAGUUGCUUAUGUUCAAUCUUCUUCUCAUAUGAAUGAAGAACAACUACGUCAACACUGUCAAUCUCAUCUUCCACCACAUAUGAUACCAUCUUUCUUUAUUAUACUUGAUAAACUACCUUUGAAUCAAAAUGGAAAAGUAGACAGAAAACAACUUCCUUCACCCGACUUUUCUACAUCAACUUUGUUAUCGUCCAAUAAAUCUAAUACUCCUCUUAAUCAGUUCGAAGAACGUAUACAUACUAUUUGGUGUCAAGUUCUUCAUUCUAAUCAAAAUCAAAUUUCUACAACUACCAGUUUUUUUAGUGCUGGUGGUCAUUCACUUCGCUUUAUCGAACUCUAUUAUCGUUAUCAGUCAUUAUUCAGUUUCGAUGCUCAUUCACUCUCGAUUGGUCUCUUUCUUCAGCAACCAACUAUUCGACAACAUGCACAACUACUUCAAACACUUCCAUCUAAUGAUACGCAGGCAACACGAUGUCAGAUACUACAUAUCAAUCAAGGUAAAACAUCUUUAAAUUAA